AUGACCCUCGUGUACUUCCGAAGCUUCAACAACAUCGGCAAAAACUUCAUUGCUUAUUAUUACUCCACAGCCAAAGGAGACUGGCCAGAGCUGCGGCUGGUGGGUGGCUCAGGUCAAUGCUCGGGCCGCGUGGAGGUCCUCCACCAAGGGACCUGGGGCACCGUGUGUGACGACUUGUGGGACCUGAAUGAAGCCGAAGUCGUGUGCCACCAGCUGGAGUGUGGUCGGGCCAUGUCUGCCCUUGGGAAGGCCCACUUUGGCCCAGGUUCAGGGGACAUCCUCCUGGACAACCUCCAGUGCGCUGGUGUGGAGCACCACCUGGGCCAGUGUGCCCACUCAGGCUGGUCGGAGCACAACUGUGGCCACCACGAGGACGCUGGUGUCAUCUGCUCAGCCUUGUUUCCCUCGAGGCCUGGUGCUGGUGGACCUCAGGCAAGGUCCUUCAGGAACUCAUCCAUCACAUCUCUGUCUGCAGGGGACUGGCCGGAGCUGCUGCUGGUGGGCGGGUCGGGCCGGUGCUCCGGCCGUGUGGAGGUCCUGCACCAAGGAACCUGGGGUACUGUGUGUGACGACCUGUGGGACCUGCGUGAAGCUGAGGUGGUGUGCCGACAGCUCCGGUGUGGGCAAGCUGUCUCUAGCCUCGGCGAGGCCCACUUUGGCCCAGGUUCAGGGGACAUCCUCCUGGACAACGUCCAGUGCUCAGGGGUGGAACGCUACCUGGGCCAGUGCGCCCACUCGGGCUGGUCAGAGCACAACUGUGGCCACCACGAGGACGCCGGUGUCAUCUGCUCAGAUGCGGAAGACCUGCCUCCUCCCACCCCUCCAGGGAUGCACGGGGCACGUCCUGACGCCCUUUCUCCUGUUGUUUCAGGAGGAAGCAGCUCUUGUGGAGGAGUCAUUUCUAGUCUCUCUGGCUCCUUUUCCAGUCCGCGGUAUCCGGAAAGCUACCCAACAGACGUGCAGUGCGUUUGGGAGAUCCACGUGGACCAGAAAUUCCGCAUAGAGCUCCUGAUUCCAAGUUUGAAAUUGGAAGAUAUCCUUGGCUGUCCCUAUGACUGGGUUGAAAUCUUCGAUGGGCCCAGGAUUGCCUCCCUCUCCAUGGGGAAGUUCUGUGCCCCAGCCACUGUGGCCUUUUUCUCCUCCGCAGACAUCAUGACGGUGGUGUUCCGAAGUGACUCAAUGAUAACCAACGUUGGCUUUUACGCUCUGUUCAAUGCCAUCCCACAGAGCGAAAGGGAGUCAGAAGAUGGACCAGUGCUGCGGCUGGUGGGCAGCUCAGGCCAGUGCUCAGGCCGCGUAGAAGUUCUCCACCAAGGGGCCUGGGGCACUGUGUGUGAUGACCUCUGGGACCUGAAUGAAGCUGAGGUCGUGUGCCGACAGCUCGGGUGUGGACGGGCCAUCGCUGCCCCUGGGAAGGCCCACUUUGGUCCAGGCUCUGGAGACAUCCUCCUGGACAACAUUCAGUGUUCAGGAAGUGAGAACCACCUUGGCCAGUGCCCCAGCUCUGGCUGGUCAGACCACAACUGCAGCCACCAUGAAGAUGCCAGCGUUGUCUGCUCAGAAGACAUCUAUGGGUGCCCUUACGAUUUCAUCGAAGUGUUUGAUGGCCGGCAAGUUGCCUCACUCUCCAUGGGCAGGUUCUGUGCUGGGGCUGAGCUCAGCUUCCUGUCCUCUUCAAACAUCAUGACUGCAGUGUUCAGAAGUGACGCCAUGAUCACCAACACAGGCUUUUAUGCUCUGUACAAUGCCAUUCAGCAAGAUGAACGAGACAGUGGUGUGUCUCUGUGGCUGGUGAAUGGUAGCCACAGGUGUAAGGGCAGGGUGGAAGUCUUCUACAAUGGCACCUGGGGCACAGUGUGUGAUGACAGCUGGGACCUGACAGAUGCCAGGGUGGUGUGCCAGCAGCUCGGCGGUGGUGAGGCUUUGUCGGCCCCAGUACAGAGCUACUUUGAUGGUGGCACGGGCCACAUUGUGCUGGAUGAGGUGCAUUGCACUGAUAGUGAGGCAAAGGUGUGGCAGUGCCCACACAAGGGCUGGCUGUCUCACAACUGUGGGCACCAAGAGGAUGCCAGCGUUGUCUGCUCAGGUCUGGGCCUGCGGCUGGUGAAUGGAUCCAGCAGGUGUGAGGGCCGAGUGGAGGUCUACCAUGCCGAUACCUGGGGCACUGUGUGUGAUGACAGCUGGUCCAUUGAGGAUGCUCACGUGGUCUGCAGGCAGCUGGGCUGUGGCCUUGCUAUGUCCGCGCUCCUGGGGGCCAGCUUCAGCCCCGGGGCAGGGGGUAUCCUCCUUGAUGAUGUCAACUGCACGGGAAAGGAGUCCUCCCUGGAGCAGUGCCCACACAGUGGCUGGUUCACUCACAACUGUGGACACCAUGAAGACGCUGGUGUCAUCUGCUCAGAUUCUGCUGCUGCUGGACAUGCAGGCACCUAUCUGCCCGAGGUGAGACUGGCCAAUGGGAGGAACAGGUGUGAGGGCCGCGUGGAGCUCCACCACAAUGGCACCUGGGGCACCGUGUGUGAUGACCUCUGGGGCCUGCCUGCAGCCCUGGUGGUGUGCCGGCAGCUGGGCUGUGGGGAGGCCCUGGCGGCCCCAAGGCGCAGUCUGUUUGGCGCCGGCUCAGGCCCCAUCCUCCUAGACAACGUGCAGUGCACUGGCAACGAGAGCAGCCUUGGGCAGUGCCACCACCCCGGCCUAUCCAUCCACAACUGUGGGCACCACGAGGAUGCUGGGGCCGUCUGCUCAGACUUGCCUGUCAUCAGAUUGGUGGAUGGGAGGAGCCGGUGCGAAGGGCGUGUUGAAGUAUACCACUGUGGCGUGUGGGGGACGGUGUGUGAUGACCUCUGGUCCAUCGGUGCUGCCCACGUUGUGUGCCAGCAGCUGGACUGUGGUGCGGGCAUCAGUGCCCUGGGGAACGGCCACUUCGGGGGGUUGUGGGGAGCACCCUGGUACUCGUUCUCGGCUUUCUCCUGA